AUGCAGAAUCAAAAGAGGCCCCCCUUUGAGCCCGAGGACCUUCCUCCGGGAUCACCGCCCGUGAUCCGCCAACGCCGCGCCGAGGCCAGCUGGAGACCCAUGUGUCGCCAUGCCUGCACGUUUGAGACUCAGUAUUUUGACGAGAUUAUGCUUAAUCUUGUGGAGAACCCAAAUCUCAACUCCAAAUGGUUAUUCCGUGCAGAUGUCCUCUAUGAUGAUGACAGCCAUAACCCUGCUUCGGAAGCCGCUGGUAUCAUGGAGGAGCGCCCUCUGAUUCAGGAUUUCGAAGAGUUCAGCCGUCACAGAACGAUAGUGCGCCGACUGAUACCUCGAAACACGCUUCGUGAUGCUUCAUUAAAUCAGACAUGUUCAUUUUAUCGUUCGCAUAGCCCAGGGGGUCAAGAAACUGACGGAGAAGUUGCUCUAAUAAAGUCUCUUGUUGUAUAUGUGCCGCAUGCAUCCUCUGCGGCGGACUUGCCAUUUUACCACCCAAAAGUUCGAGGCAUCAGUCAGCUUCACGAAUGGGAUACAGCGACGAAUACAGGCACUACAUCUGUUCAUUUCCUGCUUUUCAAUUCAGAAUCAGGAGUAGAUGAGGCUGACGAUGUCAAAUUGGGGAGAAUCGCUUACCAUCUCCUUCAAACCAUACACAAGCACGGGCAUGGCAAGGCUGAAGGAUAUGUGAAGAGAGUUCAUCACGAUCUUAUCGUUCCUAGGGAAAAGUUCCAGGAUAGGUACUCUGAACUGAAGAAUAAACACGGGCGGACUCUGGUGCAGUCGUGGCUCGAGACGACAGAUCCAACAAAGCAUGUAUUCGAAGACCUGGGCAUAGCAGCGUUUCUCAUUGAGCUAUGGGCGGAAAUGUAUCAGGAUGGGAAUUUUCCCGGCUUUGUGGAUAUUGGUUGCGGGAACGGAUUAUUGGUUCAUAUCCUGAGGCUCGAAGGCUAUGCUGGUUGGGGCUUCGACGCUCGCGAGCGUAAAUCAUGGUCCCAGUACAACUCGCCGUUUCCAGGCUCACCCUCUGGGAUGUCUCUUCAGCAACUGCUCUUACUUCCGAGUGUCGUUCCUAAACAGACUGAUGAUGGAGAAACGGAAGCAAUAAGCCCGGAAGAUAUUCACGACGGAAUUUUCCCCAAGGGUACAUUCGUUAUCUCCAAUCACGCCGAUGAGCUCACUCCUUGGACACCCAUAAUCGCCGCUAUCUCUCAAUGUCCCUUCAUCAUGAUCCCGUGUUGCAGCCACAAUCUUAAGGGCGACAGAUGGCGAGCCCCUCCACCGCGCGACAGGACCAAGUCAAGGAGUAUGUUUGCAUCGUUGGUUGAUUGGGUUACACACAUUGCGGAGGAUUGCGGAUGGGAUCUCGAGACAGAGAUGUUAAGGAUUCCUAGUACCAGGAACACAGGAUUAGUGGGUCGAAAGAAUACAAAGGAGAUCGAAGAGGUCGAUAUAGAUGGCAUAGUGCAGAAGUAUGGGGGUGUACAUGGCUACUACGACAAUGUUGUCAAGCUGCUCAAGUCGAUUCCUAGAGGUCAUUGA